UUCAGUGAAGAGGUGUGUGUAGGACUGUAGUCGUUCCCUGUGCUCGCUCCUGUCACACAACACCCAGCCGCUGGCCAUGUGAGGACAGCCAGUCUCCACAGCCAGUUCAACUAUUGAUUGUCAGAUGACAAUUUUAUACGGAAAGCCUCAAAUUUGAGUUUGGAAUUUAGCUGUGUGGAGUUCUCUGGGGAAAAUUCCCCGUUGGAUUGAAUACUGUCGGGCGGAGCAAGGCGUCACACUGGACGAGGAGGACUGGGAAAUGGUGGAGAGGAUGGACCUCUCAUCAGCAGACUUUAUCAAGUGUGUGGUGGUGGGGGACGGGGCUGUAGGAAAGACGUGCAUGCUGGUGAGUUACGCCACUAACAAAUUCCCCACCCAGCACGUCCCAACCGUCUUCGACAACUACGCAGUCACGCUGACAGUAUCUGGGAAACCGCUUAUCUUGGGGCUGUUUGACACCGCUGGACAGGAGGACUACGAUCGUCUCAGAGUGCUGGCAUACCCCGAUACUCAGGUGUUUAUAGUGUGUUUUUCUGUAAUGAACCCCAGUUCUUAUGAGAACGUCGAGGAGAAAUGGGCGCCUGAAAUCAAACAUUACCGCCCCAAAACGCCCUUCCUACUGGUGGGCACUCAGAUAGACUUGAAAGAUAGCUAUAGUGACUUACAACGUCUUAGAAAAGAUCGGCUCAAACCGGUGAGCACGGAACAAGGGAUAAAACUGGCCAGUCGACUCGGGGCGGAUUGUUACGUGGAGUGCUCGGCCUUGACUCAAACUGGACUCAAAACUGUGUUUGACGCCGCUAUACUCGCUGUGCUGGAACCCAAACAAAGACUGAAAAAACCUCACAAAUGUACGAUAUUAUAGAAAACUACGACUAUUAUAGUUCUAAAAUAAUUAUGUCUAUUUUUUAAAUUUUGUAACAUUAUUUACAUGUAAUGUAUAUGUUGGUGCACAACAAAUAUUAACAGUGUUGCAAAGACAAAGUGCUAAGGUCACAGUAUAUAUUUAAGUACACAGGUGCACGCAUAUUCGUCAUAUAUAUUCUGGCAAUAGUGUCGUAUUCAUGGCAGUAUUUUGGCGCUUUUACUGCGCUUUGAUCGGAAUGUGUACUGCGCCAUUAGCGAUACUUAUCUACAUGUGCUUCCCUGCCUUUAAUAACAAACGAAUUUAUCUCAAAUAAAUAGAAUGUACUUUGUUGUUCUCGAUAUUUUUCUAAGUGACAGCCCAAUAUAAAGGUUAUUGGACCUAUAACAACCACUUGACUUUACGAAGCCACUGACAUAUAAUAUUGUCUGUAUACAGGUUGUUACAAUUAAGUAUUGCAAAGUUGCUAUCUAAAUGAACCGAAAUGUUUCAAUUCCUUAUAUCACGGGUGUAAUUCAACUCAUAAGGAUAUUUUUAUUCUACA